AUGGGGAGACUUGUUGGUCUUGAGCUAUACAACUUCAAGUCGUACAGGGGCAUCUCGUCUAUUGGUUUUGGUAGCUCGUUUUUCACCUCCAUCAUUGGACCCAACGGAUCUGGCAAAUCCAACAUGAUGGAUGCGAUCUCGUUCGUGUUGGGAAUCAAAUCUAGCCAUUUAAGAUCGAACAAUUUGAAAGAUCUGAUUUACAGAGGUAGAGUAUUGGGUGAAAGUGAUGAUGGUGAAGAAAAAGAGAAUGAUCCCUGCACGGCAUACGUGAUGGCUAUUUACGAAAAAUCAAACGGAGAUAUCUUGAAGCUCAAAAGAAGUAUUAAUGAGACAGGCACCAGCGAGUACAGAAUCAACAAUAAAACUGUGAGCGCGACUCAGUACGCAGAUGUAUUAAGGAAAGAGAAUAUCUUAAUCAAAGCUAGAAAUUUCCUGGUAUUUCAGGGAGAUGUUGAGAAGAUCGCGUCGCAGUCACCGGAAGAGCUUACGCGGCUAAUCGAGAAUAUUAGUGGUUCAAUUGAUCAUAAAAAAGAUUAUGACGUGCUUAUGGAGGAGAAAGAGAAAGCUCACGACACUACGGCAUUGUUGAAUUCGAGGAAAAAGGCACUUCGGGAGGAGUUCAAUCAAUACAAAAACCAAUCUAUGGAAAUUGAACAAUUCGACCUGAAAAGCAAAGAACUUUGUGACUUGAUUUUGACAAAAUACUUGACUGAACUAUACCAUAAUAACAAGGAGCUUGAGCAGAGUACAGGUGAACUCAAAUCUGCCACACAUGAAUUGAAAGAUCUGCAAAAGGUGUUAAAAGACAACGAAGCUGCGAUGAAAAACGUGAUCAAAACACGUAACAAGGAUGAUAGCGAUUAUCAUAAAAUCGAAAAAUCGAUUUCGAAAAAGGCCACUCUAAUCAAAGAAAAACAGUUAGCUUUGAUCCCCCUAAAGUCCGAGGUGUUGCAAUUGUCCAAAAAAAUCAGUGAUUAUAAGAGGAGAAUUGAAACUUUAUCCGAUGACCACGAACGACAGAACGCGGUUGUUGAGACAAUUGACAAGCAGUUAGCUACGAUUCAAAGAGCGUAUGACAACUAUGUAAGGGAGUUUGAAGCGACCACGGUAGAGACUCUGAGCACCGGAGCUCUGGAGGAAUACAAAAGGUUAAGAGAGGCAUUUUUGAUGAAGGGUGGACAUAUCGAGUCGAAAUUGCUUGACCUUGAGGAUUCAGUGAACUCCUUGAACCUGCAAAUUGAGAACGUUUCACGUCAGAACGAAAUUGUCAGCACACGAAUUAGGGAGCUUGAAACCGAAAAGGCAGAGAUCAGCUCUAAAAUUCAAGAAAAUGUCUCUCAAACCAAUGAUGCGCAAACUGCCACCAACAAGAAAAAGGAAGAACUUUAUGCUGUGCGUUCUACCCAAGAAAAGAUUUUGCAGGAAGAAUUUGAGUUGAACACGGUUCUGAAAGACGUGUUAGUCCAAUUGAAUGAGCUGCAUGCAAGCCAGAGGGAAACUGCCAGAGAGAAGAGACUCCGUGAAAAUUGCUCUUCACUCAAAAGAUUGUUUCCCGGGGUUAGAGGUCUAGUGUGCGAUCUAUGCAAGCCAACACAGAAAAGAUAUGAGCUUGCAGUCUCCACAAUUCUGGGAAAGAAUUUCGACGCGAUUGUUGUGGACAAUCUCAGUGUUGCAAACAAAUGCAUCAAUUACUUGAAAGAGCAGAGGGCGGGAGUGGCAUCAUUCAUUCCUUUGGACUCUGUUGAGUCAAAGCCUCCUCAAGCUUAUCUCCGUAAUAUUGAUGAGCACGUGCGUCCAACCUUUGACGUUGUCACAUUUGAUCCUGAGUUGGAAAGAGCUAUUCAAUAUGUCUGUGGAAACUCGAUAGUUUGUGAUAAUAUGGACGUCGCCAAAUAUGUGAAAUGGGAGAAAAAAGUGGACGUGAAAGUUGUCACUUUAGAGGGAUCUUUAAUUCACAAAUCUGGUCUUAUGACGGGUGGUCUGACACCAAAUGGGGGCAGAAGAUGGGACAAAUCCGAGACCCAGGCACUAACUACCCAAAAGGAGGAAAUCAAGUCCAAAUUGGAGGAACUUUCAAGGAAAAAGACAAGUGAACUUCUUGAGAAAAAGCUCAUGGAUGAGGUGGAGACAUUAGAAGCACAGAUUCCUCCACUGCAAAAUGCCAGACUCGAACUGGAUAGGCUGAUGAAAGACAUAGAUGCUGAAAACAAAAAUCAAAGAAGUAUACAGGCUCAAUUGGAGAAAGAGCUACAAGAGUUAAAAGAAAAGCUCACAGAAGCAAUGUCAAAGGUGGACUCUACCAAUAAGGAACUCUCAAGUAUUCAGCAAGAGGUUUAUGCCACCUUCUGUCAAAAACACAACUUUGCGAACAUAUCCGAAUACGAAGAAACAUACGGAUCUAAGUCAAGGGGUCAUUCUAAGGAGAAGGCAAGAUACAUCAAACAGAUCCAAUAUCUCGAGAACAAACUUGGAUUCGAAAAGGACAGAUUGGAUGAGUAUCAAUCACGCCUAGACCGCCUUAAUAAAGACAUGUCAAAUCUUGAGAAAAACUAUAACAAGCUCGUCUCGCGCAAGGAGACGAUAGAGAACGAUCUUGACACCUUUGAAAGUGAGCAUGAAGUGCUCAUGGAGGAGCUGCAAAGGGCUAGUGGCCAACGCAGGGCUCAGCUAAUGGAUUACCACCAGUUGGAAGACGGAGUUUCCGACGUCCGUUUGCAGGUUGCCGAGAUCAACAAGAAGAUUGCCAAUUAUGAAGAUGUGAUCGAGAAAGCCAAGAUUGAAAAAAUGAACAUCCUGAAAAACUGCAAGCUAGAAAACGUGCAGCUGCCAUUGUCUUUUGGCUCCAUGGAUGACAUCCCCCUUGAUGAAUCUGAAGACGACGAGAAUAUGCUUGCGGAUGAAAUUGAGAUUGACUUCACAAACCUGCAGUCUCGCUUCAAGUCAGGAGCACUUGAGGAGCUGCUGAGCGACUUGAAAAAAGAAAUUGAUCAAAUCACGGCAGAACUAUCAUCAAUGAGCCCUAAUAUGAAGGCUCGAGAAAGGCUGCAAGAUGUUCAACAGAGACUGGCUGAUUUGGACGCAGAAUUUUCUGACGCCAAGCAAGAGGAGAAAAAGAUUGCGGCCGAGUUCCAGACUGUCAAAUCCAAGAGAUAUAAACAGUUCAUGGACACCUUCAACCACAUAGCGGCAACGAUAGAUGGCGUCUAUAAAGACCUCACUAAAUCCAAUGUUUCUCCCCUCGGGGGAUCUGCAUACCUGACUCUGGAGGACGAAGAUGAGCCGUAUCUGCACGGUGUGAAGUAUCAUGCCAUGCCCCCAAUGAAGAGAUUUAGAGACAUGGAGCUUCUCUCUGGCGGCGAGAAAACUAUUGCAGCUCUCGCGCUGCUAUUUACAAUUCACUCGCAUCAUCCUUCACCAUUCUUUGUGUUGGAUGAAGUCGAUGCAGCCCUUGACAACGCUAACGUGAACAAAAUUGCUAAUUAUAUUGCCAAGAACGCAGGUCCAAAUUUCCAGUUUAUCGUUAUCAGCCUGAAAAAUGGACUUUUCGAACGAAGUGAUGCUUUGGUGGGAAUCUACAGAGAGCAGAAGCUCAAUACUUCUAAAACUCUUACGUUGGAUUUGAGGACCUACCCAGACCAAGAGGUUGCCUAA